AUGUGCCUUUUGUUUAGACACCGAGUCAAGCUGCUGCUCAGCGAGCAGGAAAAGGAAAUUCCUAACCUCUUCAGCAAUCUCCAAAAGGGGGAGGGUGCCUUGUGCCAGGAGCCGCUUUGUGGGAAGGAGGCGGAGGAAUCUGCUUCUGUGGCAGUGCCAUCGCUGCUUGGGGAAGGGCUGCAUGCGUGUGCUGCUGCAACGCCCUCUCCCGAUGCUGUCAUGGGAGCGGCAGCAUUAGAAGACGAGGCAGCAGUCCUCGCCGUGACUGCUUGCGGGUCAGGUGUCUGUUCACACUGCAGGAGAGGGCAUUCUAAGACGCUCCUCAGAUCCCAAGGGCAGCCACGGCUGAAACACCGCAGGCGGCCAACGCCAAUGCUGCGCAUGCAGCAAAAAAGCAGCAGAGAUACAUAUAUUGUACAUAUAUAG